AUGCCAAGCACUGUACGGUCGACUGCAAGCCAGACGCCGCCCGUACCAUCGAAGAAGAAAUUCCGCACCGUUCUUGGAUUUGGUGCCGUCUUCAAAGACGCAGAGACAGACGCCACCGCUGAGGAGACAUCAAAUUUCUCGUCUCUAGGUCGUAACUUGGCUUUUGCGCGUAAGAGCUUCGACGCUGCGACGAGCCUCAAGACUACUCGGAGGCACACCCCUGGUAGCUCCAGCAUUGCCGAUCCUUCAUUCUUUGCACCGAAAGCCGUUGAUAUCGCCCAAACGCAGUCAUCAACCGUCAAUCCACCUACCAGCAACAUGCAGGCCAUCGAAGUGACCGAUUCGCGAACUUCGUCGCGGCGACAGCCUGUCCAUGUCGAUCAAGAUGGUCCAUGGAGUAUAAGCGUCGCUGAGACACCACACAACGCGCAGACGUACAGUCUUUAUAUCAAGACUCCAACUCACAACCUUACCCUCACCCGCACCGCCAUGGAAAUCGUCGAGCUCGACCAGAAGCUCCGUGACGUCCAACCUGGCGCCAACUUUCCCCCUCUUCCCAUCGACAUCGCAUCACUGCCCCCUCCACCGAAGCGAAAAUCUACCUUCCUCAACACUCUAUCGCGCUUAGCAUCGCCGACAUCAUCGCGGACAAGCCGCUCGGCGUCUGGUCGUCGUCUGAACAACACAACCAAUAUAUUUUCUUCUGGUCUACCAACCCCCUUGACGUCACCGUCGGGCGAAGUCAGCGAUCCAUUCUCUAGCUUUACCGCCAUCAACGGCGAAACCUCCCCCACCAGCGUGCACCCCCCGCCGUCUGCUGUCAGCACCUCGAUCGCUAGUUAUCUUACCAUUGUAUCCAAUACUCCAUCCUUGCGCCAAGCACGGGUAUGGAAACGCUUUGUCCGCGUGCGUACCGAUGAUCUCGAAAGUGUGCGAGUCGAGCGUGCAAUUAAGCGUGUGCGCUCCGACCUCGCUGCCCACGUAGGCCUGAGCCAAGCUGCGGCCACGCCGCUGCCUGAGAAUGACGCAGACGAGGACGGCGGCGUGAAUAUCCACGAGCGGAGCAGUGUUCACGAAGUGAAGGAGGUCAAGGGUGAUGGUCACGUCGAAGUCCGUGAAGUCGACGGAGAUGAAGCAAAGUCUAAGGUGUCUAGGGAGCAAGAGGAGCCCAUCAUCGAUCCAGGCUUGCUGCAGGCCGUUAGCAGGGGAGACGAGACACAGGAGGAGCAAGCCGAUCAAGAUCUGUCACCAGAUGCAGAUAUUAGCACCUCCGAAGGUGUCGAAGAUGCCCCGCAUGGUGCUACUACGUCGACAAGUCCUGAAAUAAAUGGCCUACCCGCUCCCGAAGGUGCCUCGGCCGUUGUCGACGCGGCUACCAUCCCACCAUCUCCGGCCGAUGAUGAACCUACCCCUCUUGUUGAAGAAGAGGUACCAGCCACCCCUGUUGCUCCCGAUGCUCCAGCCGGGAGUCGAAUCCACCGUUCGAAGUCGGCUGACCCAGAUAAUGUCAUCACCAGGCUCUCGCGAGCAUUCUCUUCAUCGGCUUCUCUAUCACAAGAUCCAGCCUCUUCACAAACGGAAGACGACUCUUCAUUAUCGACCACCGGAAGGACCAAGAGGAAGAAGCGAUCCAAGUCUUCGCAGAGAAAGGUGGUGAUCGACGACUUCGAGAUGCUACGGGUGCUUGGGAAGGGGUGUGCUGGCAAGGUGUUGCUAGUACGGCACAAACCAACGUCGGACUUGUUCGCGCUCAAGGCCAUCACGAAGCGUCACGUGCUUGCUCAUCAAGAGCUGCAACACACACUGACAGAGCAAGCGGUUCUCAAACGGAUGGCAGCUGAAAGCAAAGAUCCGUUCGUUGUCAAGCUUUGGUGGAGUUUCCACGAUAAGGAGAAUCUAUUCUUGGUUAUGGACUUCCACCCUGGCGGAGAUCUUGCGACACAACUGGCUCGCUGGGGACGGCUAGGCCGCGAUCGAGCAAGAUUUUAUGCCGCUGAAAUCGUCGAGGGAGUAGAAGGCUUGCACGCCGCCGGUGUCAUAUACCGAGAUCUCAAGCCAGAAAAUAUCUUGAUCGGCUCGGAUGGCCACAUUGUUCUCACUGACUUUGGUCUGUCAAAGGAGUUCCCCCGCAAAACGGCAGCUACCACUGUACCAUCAACGCCAUCCGGGAUGCGUGGCGGAGGAGACUUCUACCCAGGAUUGUCACAGCCUGCCACGCCCCCUUGGAUGAAGGGUGAGAAAGGAGGGGAACUCGCGGCUGGGUGGCCUGGUCAACCCGUUGGGCACAGCGACUCCACGAGCACGUUCUGCGGAACUGCAGAGUAUCUGGCGCCCGAGGUGAUCCAGGGCUUGCCCUACAGCUACGAAGUCGAUUGGUGGAGUUUUGGCACUAUGCUCUACGAAAUGCUUACAGGAAUCACUCCCUUCUGGGCAAACAACCAUUCAGAGAUGUACAUGCGCGUUCUUCAGAAUGAGCUGCAGUUCCCUGAUGACAGAGCCAUGGACCAAGACACGAAGAGCUUGAUACGUGGGCUACUCCAACGGAAUCCUGCUCUCCGGAUAUGCGAGCCACGCAUAAAACGACAUCCCUACUUUUCAAUGAUAGACUGGUCGCAUGUAUAUUACAAGCGAUAUAUCCCCCCUUACAUACCCCCUAUCGACCCGUCGAAUGCAAGCGAUACGCAGAAUUUCGACGACACCUUCCUAGAUAUGGAACCCGUACUCGACGAGUUCAAUGAGAACGAACAAACAGAUACUGACCAAGAGCCGCAAACUGACGCUGAUCGCACCGACGGAGAAGAAUCAAAUACUACGCCCUCCCAGUCGCGGAGCUCGUCUAUACCACCGCAACCCUCGCAGCCGAUAGUUGCCGAUGAUUCUGUCGACGUCUUCGAUGGCUACUCCUUUAAAGGACGCCAUUCGGUAUUACUGGACGAUGAAGAGGAAUCUGAGGAAUCAUCAGAGAUGGAGAGCGAAGAGGAUGGUGAAGUCCAGACGCCAGCAACUGCCCAACCACAGCUACAAGACGUAGAGGAGGCGCCAGAGCCUAAGACUCCGGAGGCUCGUCCUCAGCCUCUCCCCGAGGUCGACCUUGAGCCCGAGCCCAAGACACCAGCCACCGCCGAACCCCCUGCAAUCCCGACGAAACUUGAUACUGAGCCAGCUGAAGCCAAACCCGCUACGCCCGAGCCGACGCUCCCAAGCAAAGACGUGCCGCCGCCACCACCCAUCACCCACGACACGUCCGUUCCCGAGAAACUCAAGGAGGUCAAGGUCGUCCAGCCCACUAAGACUGUUGCCCCGAAACCAACUACUAGUCGUGGUCACCGUCCUCGCCGAGAGAAAUCAGGAGUUCCAGCCUUGGAUAAAUAUCUAUCUGAUACUGCUGAUGAAGACCACGGUGCGACGACAGAACGAGAAGAUGACGAGGAUGAUGACUGGGACUUCAUCGAAGCUGCCGAUGGUGAAGAUCGCAACGGUGCCAAAGGCACGAGCCUUUUCGCAAGGGGCGUUGUAGAUCGAUACCGACUUGCGGUAUUCCGAAAGGCUUCCACCCCUCAUCGCUCAACCGCACGGUCAGUAUCUGGUACAUCACAAGUCUCUCAGACAACCGAUACUGGCGAUUCACCGACACCAUCACAACGCCGUGGCCGCAAUCCUGGCCUCACUUUCCGGCGUCAUCCUCGACAGUUCUUACGACCGAAAUCGCCUCCAUCGAGCUUCUCGUCCAAGACCAAUACCGUGGCAAGAUCUCUAGCCACAUCUGGAUCUGCAACUUUGUCUGCCGCAUCUACCUCGUCCAGUGCAGGAUUGUUGACACCAUCCACCUCUGUCGGUGGCUCACUGCUUGCGUCUCCAUCUCUGAAAUCAAAGGAAUCGGCCAUGUCCGUUGGGGACCAAAGCAUGUCAUCAUCCUUAUCUGGCAGCGAAGCGCCAACGCCAGACCCCAAUCAUGAUACCGUUAAAGCUCUUCCCGAGGAACCAGAGAAACAAAAGAACAAGAAGUUGAAGAAAUACAAGGAAAAUGCAGAGAAGGUGUUCUCUAUAUUCUCCUCGCCUCGCUAG